AUGGCCGGAAAAUCCCUGGGCUUUCACCACAAUAUCGAUAGUGUGCGUUGGUACCGUGGAAUGUCCACCGUACAGAUGAAAGCCUGCGAUGGAUUGCUGCACGCUCUACGGGAUGACAUGGAGCAGGGCUCCACUUACCGAGUGCGCCGCUGUCUCACCCAGUUGGGCAUCCAUCCGCCGGUGGGAGCGUCGCAGAUCAAGGAUAUCAUUGCCAUGAGUCAGGGCAGCGAUCUGGCAUUUUUGUGGUUCUUGUGGGAGUUCGCCUACAAGAGCCCCCGAAAGAGCAGGAAGGACAAUUGGCACUUGGAUUCGGAGCACUACACGGUGAACGAACAGCUGCUGUUGUCUGCUAUUGCCCAUUUGGAUAUGCCCUCCACCCUGAGAGCCUUGGAUGCCCUGCUGCCACCUGCCACUCAAUCGAAAAGGAUGAACUCGCCAGCUAAGACUGAGCAGAGUUCUUCGAAGACAAACCGCCGAAAACCGAAACAUUAUGCUCUGCCAUAUUUUGCUCCUCAGGUUCGACCUCGUGAGUUUAUACCAAAAUCCAAAUUCCGGCCACCCGAGACCAAGGUUAGCUUUCCGGAAUAUUCGCACUAUAAAGAUCGCAUGCAUCAAAUUCCGAAUGAGGGGCCUCGUUGGUUUGCCCAGUACCGAUUGAGUCCUGCCAAGAGGGUGAUAGCCCACUUGCUCGCAAAGGAGCUCAACGGGCUUCCCUUGGAGUCUAGUAGUUCUAAUUUGGACAAUGGUCCUAUGUGUGAGACUCAUCGCUUCUUGAAGGAGGCGGAGCAUAUGCAAAAACAGGAGAAAAUCUACAACCAGCGAUGUCUAGCCCAGCUGGAUGUGCCGGGAGAUGAGUUGAAGGCUCGGCGGAAACACAUCUUAAACGGUAUAGAAAUCGAUGUUAAAUUGGCAAGUAAUAGGAUUGGUAGACAGCCAGGAAGAGCUUCAAGUCCAGUUAAACAUGCGUAUGGCUCAUGCACUACGAGAAAAAAGGAUGGACCCACCAUGUUGAUGGGCUUGGGCAUCGAGGAGAUUCCCAGGUUGCAUUCGUAUGCCCAUUCAUUGGACAACUCGAUCAGGGUUAUGCUCAUGAAGGGCAAUGAGUCCCAGCGCUGUGGAGCAGGUGACUAUGAAAUCCUGGAUGUGGACUCCGACGUGAAGGGCUCUACGGAAACAAACUUGAAGCCACAAAGUCAAAGUUCCAUUAUCAAGGUGCCACCGAGUUUGCCAACUUCCAGUUUUAAGAAACUAGCCGAUCUUAUUCCUGCUUGCAGUCGAACUUUGCGUUGUUUGAAACGAUCAUCCACAAAGUGUCCUGAGGAAGAGACCUUCACAAUCAGGACUACUGGUGGCGUUCAGUUGGACCAUCACAAGGUUUUCGAUGUGCCGUCGCCUCCUAAAGAGCCAUUGCCAUGGGAGGAUAAGGUGCUCGACUUGGAGGACAAGCAAGCUGUGAUCGAAAAGCUCUGCAUCGAUGCGCUUGGGAAUGGCGAAACCAAGUCCAAGAAGGAGUUGCAGCAAUCCAAAUUCAUUCCGGCAGUUUCAGCAGCAGCUGCGGAUUGUGCAGUGAAUAUGUUCCGUAAAAAGGUCGCAGAAACCACGGAGAAUCCAGCUGAUAAGCAUACAAAACAGAAUGGGGACACACUCAUCGAUCCGGAUGACGACGAGCAGAUUGAAAAUCUUCUGAAGGAAGCUCUUCGGAUUCUCCGUGGCAAUCGCCAAUACGUGCUGGCCACCUUUUCCAAUGCCCACAAGAUGCCGGUGCUCCUUGAUUGGGUGGCGGAUCGCUACGGGAAAUCAUACAGUCGAGCCGGGUUGAACUCCAUCGUGAAGACCUCGUUCCGGAUAUACGAGAGUGUGUACCAGGAAGAAAGAGGUAACAAGCGGAAUAUUUUGGAGCUGAAGAGAUCUGUGACGGGUCUGGGUGGUUCCAUCAACUAUGCCAGCCACAAUAGGUUCAUGUCCCAAGUCAGGGAGCGCAAGGCCGAGUACAACGACAAGCUGAACAAACUGGCACUGGAGCAGACGCGUCUUACCUGGCUGGCGCUGCGAGGAUACUCACACCUGGGCGGCAACCUCAAGGACACCUUCUUCGCCUACAUGCCCGCCAGGACGCUGGAUGUGAAGCGCCAGCAUGUUUGGAAGUCCUCUGAUUACAGGGACAUGGUGAAACUUCGGCUGAUCUCGCGACCAAUGACCAUCUGA